CCUUCAUCCAACCCACCCUUCCGGAGUCACUUUUUCGACCCAGCCACUCUUUACCAACAAGACACUCGUUUCACCACACAUCCCCAAGAUGAAGACCACCUUUGCCCUCCUCGGCGCGGCCUCCACCGCGACCGCCCUCCUCAACCUGGACGUCAACCUGCCCCUGGGCAUCUCGGCCGACCUCAACCUCUUUGGCCCCCAGCAAGAGCCGUGCCACGAGUGCACCAACGUCUGGCACCCGCCCCACGACGGCGUCAUCAUCGACGACUGCGACAACACGCACGAGCACGGCUGGCACUGGGUCCACCCCUGCCCCGAGCCCAACGAGCCCUCCUUCACCUGGGGCACCGUGACCGCCACGCGCACCAACAUCAUCACCCAGUGUGAUGUCUGUGCCGAGCCCACCACCGUGACCUACGUCGAGGAGACGACCGUCGGCCCGGUCCCCGUCGAGACGCCCGCGGUCCCCACCACCACCGUCGUCGUCCCCGUCGUCCCUACCACCACCACCGACCCCGCCAUGGUUCCCACCACGGUUCCCGAGGUCGUCCAGCCCUCCGAGACGAUGCCUCCCACCCAGGGUUUUCCCUCCGCCUCCUCCUCAUCGACCCGGAUGGAGAUGCCUCCCAGCACCUUCACCUCCAUCUACCAGACCAACACUGUCCCUGCUCCUCCCGCCCAGAGCACCCCCAUGGUCCCUGGUGUCCCUGGUACGCCGGUCGUCCCCGGCACACCUGGUCUGCCCGCCACCCCCGGUCUGCCCGUGACCCCCGUCGCCCCGGGUCCUCCUGCCGAGAACACGCCCAUCGUGCCCGGCCCCACGACAACCUACGGCAACAACGCCACCAACCCCAUCGUCACGCCUCCCAUUGUCACGCCUCCUCCCGCGGCCGGCGCUGCCCAGAACACCGUGGGUCUCGCCCUCGUCGCCGCCCUCGCCUUUGCGCUGUGGUAAACGCGCGCGUCGUAAGGCGACGACGACAAUGAGAGAGGUAAGUGAGCGAUGAACCUGAACGACUUUGGCAUGGAGAAACGGGCGUCGGAUCCUAGGGGUGGAUCUGUUCUAUUCUGGAUGUACCUAUUCAGCUUUCUUGUGUCGAAGCUUGUAUUUAAUGUCUACUGGUGUCAGCUUUGUUUAGAAUCGAGAAGAGAACUAUUGUACUU